GUCUGUCAGAUGUUACGUCAAAAUAAUGUCUGACGUCUUAAAUUAUUUGUAAAAUGAUUUUACAAUACUAAUGAAAAUAUCUCUAACACUUAAGACUACAAAACAUUGCUACAUAGGAAUGACGCCAGGAAUACCAGAAGCAAAGGAGAAACCAGUGAAAGAGAAAAAAUCUAAAAAACAGAGGAAAAAAGCAAAAUCAAAACGUAAAUCGCUUCUGAGGAUUCGUUGUCCUAUUUGCUUCAACAAUUUGGGCAAAGAUUCUGUAGUUUCAACCAAGUGUGGGCACGUAUUCUGCCGAAAUUGUCUGCAAAAGGCGUUGAUACUGAAGCCUGUGUGUCCCACAUGUCGAAGAAAGUUGACUGGUUAUCAAGGAUAUCAUACUUUGUACCUGGACGAUAAUGUCUAUGACGAGUUUGUGGACGAUAUCACUAUCACUCAAUAAUUACCGUUAAAUCAUUUAAAUUUGUGUGGCGUUAAAGGAGUAAAUUAUUUCGUGGCUCUCUUUAGGACUCAUCAUAUUUUUGUAUAAUGUUUUGUAUUUGUAUUUAUUAACGAAUGUUU